UGGUCUCCACAUAUAAAAGCUGCACCUUCUUCGUUUAUAGAUCAUAAAGUUAACAUGAGAGUAGGUUACACCUGAUGAUAGUCAUACACUAAAGCAAGCAUUUUGCGCUGGUUCGCGGUCGUAGAACUCUGAAACCCACUCAGUCAAUCAUAUUGACUUUGACUGUCUUAUUGAACAACAAAACAUCAACUUCGAAUUGGAAUAGCUCUGAACUUCUUGCAUUUCAAAUCUUCUUCGACUUGGAUAUCUAUUCAAUAGCGAACAUGGUUGUUAUGUCAAAGAGAGUGAAGACCUUCGAGGUUAUUUUCAGCGAUCCUAGCAAGGCUUUCUACUGCAGUGGAGACAAAGUAGCCGGGAGGAUUGUGGUGGAAGUAGUGGAGGUGACGAAAGUCUCGGCUAUGAGAGUGCUCGGAGUUGGAUGCGCAAAAGUGGAAUAUGCCAAAGGAAAGCAGAAAUGUCGACAGGAGAAUGAGUACUUGAGAUACGAAGAGGUUGUUCAACUUGAUGACCAGCCAGCUGAUCAUGAUGGAUCUGUUAUCCUUAGACCUGGCAACAAGUACGAGUACAUGUUUGGAUUUGAGCUCCCCCAGCAAGGGCAGAUUGUGUCUUCCUACAAGGGCAAGUUUGGCUAUGUCCAAUACUAUGUCAAGGCCUUUAUGGAGAGGCCUGCUCAGCCUGCCCUGGAGUGCCAGAAGCACUUUGAGGUGGAGGAGCCCCUGGAUGUGAACACACCAGAUCUGCUGGCUCCUACAGGUGGCAUGAAGGAGAAGAAGGUCACCUGCAUGUUCAUUCCCGAUGGCCAGGUGUCCCUGAACGCCAAGAUUGACCGCAAGGGGUUCUGUGAGGGUGAAGACAUCUGCAUCAGUGCCAAGUUUGAGAACACCUGCUCACGCAUUGUGGUGCCAAAGGCAGCCAUCAUCUCCAAGCACACCUACCAGGCCAAUGGUAGGACCAAGGUCUUCCGACAGAAGCUCUCCUCUGUGCGUGGCAACCACAUCAUCUCCGGCAUGUGUGAUGCCUGGCAGGGCAAGACCAUCCGGGUGCCCAAGAUCAAGCCCUCCAUGCUGGGCUGCAACAUAAUCCGUGUAGAGUACGCCCUCAUGAUCUACAUGCACAUCCCAGGCAGCGAAAAGUUGAUCCUGGAGCUGCCGCUGGUCAUCGGCACAGCCGGGCUUGGAAGCCGCACCAACAGCGUGAGCAGCACAGACGGCUCUGUCAGCAACGCCUCAGCCAGCUGGGUGUCCCUGCGCAUGCCUUCUGCUCCCCCCAGCUACUGCGACAUCACCCGUGACUGCCGCCUGGACCAGCCCCUCACGCCUCUGCUGAAUGACUACGAUGGCGAUGACAGCCCCAUCUUCAUGCACUCCCCAGCGUUCCAGUUCCCACCCCUGCCUGCCUACUCUGAGGUUGAUGAGGAGUUAAAUGGCAACGCUCAUAUGCUGCAGGUCUGCUGAACUACCUCGGCGCUUCCAGAACUCUAGGCCACUUUCGCCACUUAGCUCACUUGAGCAGAACAUCCAAACUACUUAUGGAGAAGUGUUGGACGGACUUUGGGAAGUGAUGUGGUGGCGGAUAUCGGCGCUGGCCCUGCAUCGAGAAAGGGAGAGGCUGUGACGGGCAAGAGGUUGAAGUGUUCUUGUGCCGGCGCUGUCGGCAAUCUUUGGUGCACCACCUAAGCUGAUCUUAUUCUGUUUCCUCCUGGACUGUUGCUGUUCCGGUUUCUGCACCUGACUGUGACACAGACCUCGUGGUUUGCGAUGUCUUGUCCAUGAGUUUCCCACUGGGGCCAAGCACUUGUUCUUAAGUCCCAAACUGAUUAUGAAUAAGCUCUUUGCUUGUUGGGUGUCCGUCCUUCAUGGUGUAUAGUUAAUUCAUAUAAUUCCUGUAUUUCAUGAAAAUUUGGGAUUUCAUCUGAGGAACCAUAUUUUGUUUAUUUCUAAAAUGAAAGUAAGCAAUUUUGUUAGGGACAUUGUCAGACAGAUGUUAAGAGAAUAUUUGUUGCUUUUGAGAAUUGCGGCAUGUUGAAUAUAUAUAUAUAUUCCCAAGGUAUCAAGGGACAAUCGAGCAUAUCAAGUCCAUAUAUUCUUCUGUACCAGUGUUUUUGAAAAAUGUGUUCAUUCUAUGGUAUAGCACUUUCUUAUGGAUGCAUAUUGUCUAGAACUGCCUACAGGAGAUCUCCUGGUUUAGAAUAGUUAGUUUCUCCGUGUUUAAAAAAAAAAUUUUUUAUGUUGAAGUGUCCAAAACAAAACUUCAAUAUAUUGUGGCAUCGCCUCACAUGUAUUCCAAAUGAGGGCUGAAUCACUAAGCCAAACUGGGGUGUAUUUAGGCUGAACUACUCCCACAUGCUCUGAGACAUUGACAAAUAUACCUUAUGUGAGAAUAAUAUUGUCAAUAUAUUUGGUGUUUCUCCUAGACAGCAUUUCACUGUGGGAUGCUUAAGCUGGUGCUCAAUUUUAUUGUUCUUCCUCAACUGAAUGACUGUAAGACUGAUCUGUGAGAACACGUAUGCAAUGCAUCUUUUAUAUUUUGUGCAUAUCAUAAAUUAAAAGUAUAUUUUUGUAUGAGACCCUAUGGAUUAGUUUUCUAUUAAUAAAAAGUUGAAAUUAA